GAGUAGGCAACUAUGACGGGAGGAUCGUAGGUCGGGUCGUCAACGCUGGUUUCGGCGAGGGCCUAGAGAUCUACAGCGUCUAUUUGAUCAACGACCUAGGUGUUGCAGGGGAGAACUUAGAGAUUUCGGAAGUGUUGGGCGCGAUCCUCCUCUGCAGCAAGAGGCCGUGGAUCGUCCAAGGGGACUGGGACUUCACGCACUUGGCCCUGUCGCUCUCAGGCUGGGUUCAGCACGCGCACGGCGCAGCGGCUGCGCCCGACAAGCCGACUUGCUUUGCCUGCGCUCCUAGGGUUACGUUGGUUGCUCCGCUGGACCCCAUGCCCGCAAAGUUCCUCCUGCUGCCCUCUUGGAGAGGGAUCACCGCCAUCGCUUUCUCCAAGCAAGCGGUCUGCUGGAUUUCGUCCGAGGCACUGCCCAGGCAAGCCAGAGCCAUCAGUCUGGGGAACCCAGGGGCCAAGGGGAGAGCGCUGCUAGGGUCCUGGAAGCCCAGGCUGCUUAAUAUCCUCGACGAUUCGGAGUUGGUCGAGGAGGGGCCCACCAAGGCCCAACUGCUGGCCAUGAUCUACGCUGCGUUGGCUACGGACCCUUGGGACACGGAGAAGCACGCGUGCAUCAACAAGGAAUGCAUUCGUCGCCAGCGGCUGGACUCGGCCUUGCAACUGGCAAUGUGGAAGGAGUGGGCCAAGAGGCUGAUGCUGGAGGGGGCAAAGCUGCUCGCGCCCCCCCCAAGCACCAGGUCACGAGCGUCUGCCCGAGAGGUAUCGCUGAUGAUAAUCGGCUUCCUGUGGCUGGUCAGGCCGCCCUUCAGCAACUGCUAG